CUUCGCGCGGCUGAGUCGGCUGACACGUCACGAAGGUCGGAAAAAUGGCGAGCAGCUACAGCAGCCUGAGUCUGCACACCACCCCGGAGAAGUUUUACAUAGAAGCCGGGGACGAUGGCGCUAAUGAAGUCCUCGCCAUUGACAGAGUGUCCACAGAAAUGACCCUCAUAGGGAGCAAGGAUGUCCCUCCUUCAGCUGUGACCCGACCGAUAUAUGGCAUUAUGGGAACAGUACGACUGGUUGCAGGCAUGUACCUCAUUGUGAUCACAAAGAAGAGAAAAGUCGGGGAUCUGUUGGGUCACGUGGUUUGGAAGGCGGUGGAGUUUGAUGUGAUUUCCUAUAAGAAGACAGUGCUGCACCUCACUGAUAACCAGAUGCAGGACAACAAAGCGUUCCUGGGUAUGAUGAAUAAUGUCCUAAACACGGAUGGGUUUUACUUCGCCACUGACUACGACCUCACGCACACGCUGCAGCGGCUCGCCAACACCAGCCCUGAGUUCCAGGAGAUGAGCCUGCUGGAGAGGGCAGAUCAGCGGUUUGUAUGGAACGGCCAUCUGCUCAGAGACUUCAGCACACAGCCCGAGCUGCACAGGUUCGCCUGCCCUGUGAUCCAUGGCUACAUUGUCAUGAAGUCCUGCUGUAUUAAUGGCAAAGUCUUUGAGUGGAACCUCAUUUCCAGAAGGAGCUGCUUCCGUGCAGGAGUGCGCUACUAUGUCAGAGGAAUUGACUCUGAGGGUCACGCUGCCAAUUUUGUGGAAACGGAGCAGAUUGUUCAGUAUAACGGCGCCAAGGCUUCAUUUGUACAGACUCGCGGCUCUAUUCCUUUCUACUGGUCCCAGCGACCAAACCUCAAAUACAAACCCAAACCACAGAUCAGCAAGUCCGGCAAUCACCUGGAUGGUUUCCAGAGACAUUUUGACUCUCAGAUCAUCACCUACGGAAAACAAGUCAUUUUAAACUUGAUUAAUCAGAAAGGCUCUGAAAAGCCCCUAGAGCUCGCCUUCGCCAAAAUGGUGGAAAGCCUUGGCAACGGGAUGAUCAAGUAUGUGGCCUUUGACUUCCACAAGGAGUGCAGCAGGAUGAGAUGGCAUCGUCUGCAGAUUCUGGUGGACAUGGUGGCUGAUUUACAGGAGGAGUUUGGCUACUUCCUGGUGGACGCAGAUGGAACAGUCCAAGUGCAUCAGGAGGGGACGUUUCGCAGUAACUGUAUGGACUGUCUGGACCGAACCAAUGUGGUCCAGAGUCUGCUGGCCAGACGAUCUCUGCAGUCUCAGCUGGAGAGGAUGGGGGUCCUGCACGUUGGCCAGAGGAUCGAAGAGCAGAUUGAUUUUGAGAAGAUUUAUAAAAAUGCGUGGGCUGACAAUGCCAAUGCCUGUGCCAAACAGUACGCUGGUACAGGAGCACUGAAGACUGAUUUCACACGGACGGGGAAGAGGACACAGUGGGGGCUACUAAUGGACGGAUGGAACUCCAUGAUUAGAUACUACAAGAACAACUUCUCUGACGGCUUCAGACAGGACUCCAUUGACCUGUUCUUAGGGAACUAUGCAGUGGAUGAGGCAGACAUGAGCACUGCUCUCCACGAACCCAAAGACUGGAAGUUCCUCACGUUGCCGAUCAUCAUGGUGGUGGCGUUCUCCAUGUGUAUUAUCUGUCUCCUCAUGGCUGGCGACACGUGGACGGAGACAUUAGCUUACGUCUUAUUCUGGGGCAUGGCAAGCGUGGUCACCUUCGGAGUGAUCCUCUUCAAUGGCCGGGACUUUGUGGACGCGCCCAAGCUGGUCCAGAAAGAGAAGAUGGACUGAGAGUGCGUGUGUGGAAAGCAGCUGGGUCCCGUCGACUCUUCGUCCUCAUCCUCAUCCUCGCUCCUCUCCUACUCUCGUCUGCGCCAGGACUGGAGCCUGUACUGACGUCGCCUUCAUGUUCAUCGUAAUCAUCAUCCGCCGUGAGGAGGAGCGAGAGAGGAGGUGGAAGAGGAAGAAGAGCAGGGGCCAGGCGGGGCCACAGGGGUGUGUUUGUGAGAGACUAGUGCGUUGACCGCACAUAUACAGACUCAACGCUGCGCACACUCGCUGCUCUCCACACUGCAGUUUCAUGUAGGAGGACCAGCCCGUCUCUUGCUGGACAGAAGGGGGUGCUAUUCCUCAGCCCAUCCGUGCUCAGACCUGGAGAGCCAGCAGCGUUUCUAGACAUGCAGCUUCAACGAAGCUGAAGUUUCUUAUCCACCAGAAUUUAAAAUUUAAUACUUUUUUUUUUUUCUUUACAGAAUAUGGUAUGUAUUGUCAUAUUAAUUUUUCUAGGUUUCAUAGUUUUGAGCAAACAAAAGAACCAGUUGUGUGAAAUUUACAAUCAAAAACUAUACAGUUAGAUUUAUCCAACAUUUCACACACUGAGCUGCACUUAAUCCAGUCAAACCGGACUAAUUGUGCUCUGCUUGUAAGGAAAAGUGCAGUUUGGUGUUUUUAAGUAUUGAUGAUUAUCUACAAUUUGCUCAGCGAAGCAUAUUGUGACAUCAGGACAAUGAUAUAUAUUAUGUGCUAAUAUAACAUUUAUAUAGCUGGUGUUGUGCUAGCAUAAACUGUAGGUAGCUAGACUUGUGUUAGCAUAACAGAUGGUUAGUGUUUCACUAGCACAACAUUUAAGUAACUGGUUUUGUGCUAACGUAGCAUUUAGGUUGGUGGUGCUAGCGUAACACUUGGUUAUAGUCGUGUGCUAGCAUUCAGUUUAGAUAGCUAGUGCUAGCAUAACACAUAGCUAGGCUAGAGUUUUUCUAGCGUAAUAUUUAGGUAACUGGUGCUCUGCUACCUUGCAUAACACUUUAAUAGCUUUGUUAUGAUUUACCAUCUGGCAUAACUUGUAGCUGUCCAGUCAGCUACUGCUUGUUUGCUAGUUUGACACUUUAGUCAUUUUAACUCUUUCUUUGCGUUCAGUCUUAUAAUUUAUUCAUCUUAGCUUACCGCUAGGCUUAGCUACGCAGCUACUAUCUGAUAGCACAGUAAAACCUCAUAAUGGCUAAAGGGGCACAAAUAUUGACUGGGGUAUAUCCUGAAACUGCAGGUCUAGAACAGCUGCUGGUUCUCCAGGUCUGUGGAUGGAUGUUGGUGGGGUUCCUUUGGUGAGACCAGACCCCAAACCCUUUAACACUUCGAGGACUUCCCAUACAGCUGAUUUUAAAAGCUUUAGUAUGGCGUCAGCUCUAAAAACGUAGUUGAUUCUGUGAGAAUUUUAUAGUCACAUACACGAAAGUUGGGUUCUGCUGUCCAAAGAAAACCUUGGAUGUCCAGAACAGUAACUUCAUAGAAUGUUGGGAAAAGGUCCUUAACAACUGUUAAUAAAACAAGAAUUAAAUUUUUGGUGAUCUUAGACCAUUUCUGUUGGUUAGUGUCGUCAUGAAAUGAAAGGCAAGUGCCAUGUUCAAAUGGUGGGCACAAGUAAAAAAUUAUACAUGGACUUAGAAGGUUUUCUUAUCCAAUUGAUGGAGGAUUCUGGGUAGCUUUUUACUGAAGGGCAGCAUUCAUAAGGCUACAUAACUCCUACGUAAGCCUUGGACAACUCAUGUUAAGAUAUAUAAACAUGUAUAAAGGCUUAUUUCAACAAGCAUCAGGUGAAAUGACCAAAUUGACAAAAGUGACCUACCUGCAGUUUGAAUAAGCCUUUAUAUAUGUUUAUGUCGGUUUAUGUCUGUUGCUGUGAAAGGCCUAUGUAAGCGUCAUGUAGCCUCACAAAGUGUUACCAGGUACAUGUUUUUAUGUUUUGCCACAAGGUUUCUGGCCCCAACCUUUCUGGCAUCAAUACACAAAAAUUCACUCUCCAGUGGACGAUUUAGUGGGCAUGCUAAUCUGCUGAUUCAUACGUCUACGUUUUUUUUGCCAAAUCUGUGUUGAAGAUGAUCAUUUAUUCUGUGUCUGUACUGAAAAUGCCUUUGUAUCCACCACACCAAUGUUUUGCAAGCUUUUACAAUGAAGUAGACCUCAACCAGGGACAGAAAAUGGUUAAAGUGUUAUUUAAUGUGUGGCAUAUUUAAAUUUUUGCCUUUUAUUUUUAAUGCUAUGGUCUUCCCUCCGUCGUUUGUCUGUUUCUGCUUCAGUGAAAUGUUUUAUCUGAGGUCCGGCACUAGCACGACCUGGUGGGUGGACAGCGAGUUCCAUUGGGUACGAUUAGAACGUGUCCUGGACCACCAUCAUAACUGAGGCUAAUAUGGCCUAAUAUUAUAAACUACAAAAGACAGUAGGACCAAGAGUCUUAAAUGAACUUAAACUCUACAACUGCCUUCUUACCCUAAAUGUUCGACUAAGAUGUGUUUGGUGUCAGAAAGCUUGCUUCUUUAUUUAGCACUGAAGCUAGGAGGCUAAUGUAGCGAAUGUAAAUGUUAUAAAAAUGGACAUGUUUGUAGAAAAGUGUUAUACAGAGUCAGGAACCACAUUAAAAAAGUCUGAGAUUACGGAACAACCUGGAACAACCUGCCUUAAAUGAUUCAUGCGGUUUUCACAAUGCUAGCUGUUUCUAAGCUGCUGCUACUUGCUAGCUGCACUAGCCUUGUAGCUCCAGUGUAACACUAAAAAAGCAAACUUCAGACACCAAAUGUGACUUAGCAGAUCAGAUACAUGUGGAAAUAGACUUAAAUUAGUUUUUUUUAAGCUAACUAUUUUGUUAGCCUGCCUUAGCCUCAGAGCUCCAGUUGGUGCCUGAGUUUACAGUGUGGGAGACGCUGUUAGCCGCUAAGCUGUGCCACAUUUCUAUUACCUCUGUCUGUCUUUCCCCAUAUCCUCCCUGUGUAUUCGUCAACGGGGGGUUCGUUGUAGCCUUGUAAAUUUCACAUGGGUCUGCCUUAAGCUGGGAAAGGGAGUGCUAACACACGCAAGGGAGAAAUGUACAUAAAGAUCAUCACUCUGUGUUUUAGUGCAAGAUUUCACUGGUAUGUCUUGGAUUGCCUUAUCAGAGAAUGUAAAACAAAAUACCUGUUACUAUUGUUAUUAAAAUGAAAAUCUGAUAAA